CUAUGGAUUGGGUGUCCAUAACAUCCUUGUUGUUGUGGCAAUAAUCCUCUUUAGUAGUAAUGGAUGCUGUAAUAUUGGUAUAUAUUAUUACACUUGCGCUGAAACAUAAAAACACAUUUGUAGUCCACGGUUUGUUUGAAAUAUUAUAUUGUAGAUCAAUACAUCUCUUUCUGAGUUAUCUAGAGUAACUACGUUAGCUAGCUAGCAAGUUAGCAGCAAUUACUGUUAGCCUCAAUAAUUUCAGUAGCAACGAGGCCAGAUAGCUAACGUUACAGUAGCUAGCUAACUUGCAAGUGUGUACGUAUUGACCUGCGGUCGGGGAAAAAUGGCAAACCUCUUCCAAAAGACAAAGUGGGGACAGGAAUCGGAGGGAUGCACGACGAGAGAGGACACACAGGAGGGCAUGAGCCGAUAAACAGAAAAAGGAGAAUGAUUUCGCGAUACAGCAGGAGAACAGUAUCGCACAAUCUUGAGGUUCGGGGCAUAUCCCGAAGCAGCCUUGACCAUCACCCCCUCCCAGAGGAGGUAGACAAUGACUUCCUCCCCCAUUGCCUCCUCCAUGACCUUCAGGAAGCUGUCUCCACUUACAACAGCUCGGAGAUGACAUCUGCAGCCUCUCGCCGGUCAGACUGUCCAACGGCCACUACUGGAGACACGACGCGGUCCUGGUCUGGGAUCCACAGCUACACAGAGACGGGUAUCUCUACAGAGGGGAGCUCUGUCUUCUCCUGGGGCUAUGAUGAAUUUGACAAGGUGGCGUCGCGACAGGUGCAGCAGAUGUUUGAGGAGAUUGACGAGGAGCUUUAUGAGGGGCGGGGUGGGGCACAUCUACGGGGGCUGCAAGAUGAGUGUCAUCAGUGGGCCUUCAGGUUCCCUCACCUACGGAUUCUGGGUAGUCAGCUGGUGUGUCCCAAUGACGAGGGCUUCCAGUGGUACGCCACUUCAGGGGAGGGGACCGGGACAGCCAGCAGCAGUGCAGCUGGACAAAAGGACAGCAUCAGUAGCAAGCCCCAGGACAAGGACAAGCCUGGCCCCUGCACAGAUCUGUGUGUGCAAGGUAGGAAGGCUGUGCUGUCCAGGCCCCGUGAGGAUGUUGACCACCCCCCUGGUACUCCCAGUGGAUCCAGAGGUCAUGACAUGCCCAGGGUGAUCGAGGCUGAAGGUCUGAUGGAGGAGUACCUAGCCUUUGACUGCAGGGAUUUGGAUGACAAGUGGGAGCGGGGGUGCAUGGGGGCUGGUCGGCGGUGGUACGGCCUGCCUCCGGUGUCUCCCUACCACUGUCGCAGACAGUCAGUCCUCGACCUGCUGUUUGACGAUGUGUGGCGAGAGCUGUUUGGCUGGAUGGAGGAGCUGGUCCGCAGGCACUGGGAGGGCUGUGUGUCAGAUGAUGAGAAAAAUGAAGUGAACUUCAGCCCAUCCCAGUCAGAUGCUCGGAACCCUUUCCUGCUCCUGUCCACACUGCCCACUCUGCUCCCCAGGCUGGGCCAGAGCAGGGUGCCCCAGCUAACAGGAACCCCGCAACCCCAGACCACAAAAUCAAGGGGCUCAAAGCACAAGCCCAGACGGAAAUCCAAAAAGCAGAAAAAAUCAUCUACUGUAUGCAACUCUCACCUAGAGGCAAAAUGUUGCCGAUCGACGCCAUCCACAGCGUCCAGUCGGGUCCCAGUAGAGGCGGCGGUGACACAUCACAACCUCAACGAACUCAUAGUCAUCCACGGCAUCCCCCUGCAGCAGAGGAACCUGGGAGUGAUGGAGAGAGCCCAGUAUGGAGACCAUAAGGACCCUGAGGAGAGGGUGAUGACCCAUAGGCCAGGGUCCACCGUGAUUCCGUCUAGCAAGCUACGUCCUCGCCAGGUGCUAGAGCAGAGCUCCUCCUCCCUGUCCCGCCCUGCCCAGUCGGCGAGACGCCGUAACCCGCCUCCACGAACUCUUUUGCCCUUGGUUCCCAGCCUGACGCAGUCCAGUGCCGCUGGCUCCAUGGAUGAGGUCAUCCGUGGAACGCGCCUACCCACAGCCAGUGACCGCCUGGCCUCUCCUCUGAUGCCUCUGAGCAGGAACACACUCCUUCCUCCCAUCGGCACUGGGGACGCUGAGCCCAGGCACUCUGGACAGCACUUCAGACCUACUCAGCGGCAUAGAGACUCGUCCAGUCGUGCCCACAGUGCUGUUACAGAUGAAGCAGGUAGUUUGCUUCCCCGGGAUCGGCUUCAUCAAUUGGACGUAUUCUCCCGUCCCAACACCACCCACACCUACAGGUCAGACACCCCUUACCGCCGCUCCUUCACGGUGCUGGACAACAUUGGACAGGGACGUCCUGGCAGGGCAUUUGUGGGUACAGACUCUCUGGGCAUCGGAGUGACGGGCAUCAGUUUGGGCAUCAGCAGCUCCUCCUUCCUGGACUCCUUUGACCACCACCCCCUGGGCCACUCCCCCAUUGAAGAUGAGGAGGAGCCUGAUACACAAGCCCCUCCCGCAGCUCUACUGGUGCCUGUUUCAGUCCCAGCGAGCUCCCACAACCGGGGUGGCUUCAUGUCCCGCAGUAGCAGACCUGGGUUGUAGCUGCUUUGAUCUCGCCCACCUCCACCUUCUCCAACCACACUCUCCUCAGCACAGCAAGGUGCAAGCCCUGCUUCCAAUCCCAACGGUGCCCUCAAACGACACUUUAUACAGAAGCAGAUCUUUUGUACAAUGUACUGUUUGGUGAUUUUAUUUAUUGAUGCUUUUUGUUUUUCGAGAGCCUUAUUUUUGUAUUUUGGAACUCUCAGCUUACCUGGCUGCCAAAGAUAGUAGACUGUCUCAUUUACCACCUGUAUGUCGGUAUGUACUCUACCGUUCAACAGUUUGGGGUCACUUAGAAAUGUCCUUGUUUUUUAAAUAAAAGCACAUUUCUUGACCAUUAAAAUAACAUCAAAUUGAUCAGAACCAUCACUCCUGUGUUCCAAUGGCACAUUGUGUUAGCUAAUCCAAGUUUAUAAUUUUAAAAGGCUAAUUGAAUAUUAGAAAACCAUUUUGCAAUUAUGUUAGCACAGCUGAAAUCUGUUGAAAACUUCUGAAACUAGUCAGUCUAUUCUUGUUCUGAGAAAUGAAGGCUAUUCCAUGCAAGAAAUUACCAAGAAACUGUACUACUCCCUUCACAGAACAGCGCCAACUGGCUCUAACCAGAAUAGAAAGAGGAGUGGGAGGCCCCGGUGCACAACUGAGCAAGUACAUUAGAGUGUCUAGUUUGAGAAACAGAUGCCUCAAGUCUUCAACUGGCAGCUUCAUUAAAUAGUACCCGCAUAACACCAGUCUCAAAGUCAACAGUGAAGUGGCGACUCCGGGAUGCUGGCCUUCUAGGCAGAGUUGCAAAGAAAAAGCCAUAUGUCAGACUGGCCAAUAAAAAUAAAAGAUGGGCAAAAGAACACAGACACUGGAUAGAGGAAGAUUGGAUAAAAGUGUUAUAGACAGAGUUUAAGUUUGAGCUGUUCGGAUCACAAAGAAGAACAUUCGUGAGACGCACAAAAAAAUGGAAAGAUGCUGGAGGAGUGCUUGACACCAUCUGUCAAGCAUGGUGGAUGCAAUGUGAUGGACUGUGGGUGCUUUGGUGGUGGUAAAGUUGGAGAUUUGUACAGGGUGAAAGGGAUCUUGAAGAAGGAAGGCUAUCACUCCAUUUUGCAAUGCCAUGCCAUACCCUGUGGACGGCUCUUAAUUUGAGCCAAUUCCUCCUACAACAGGACAAUGACCCGAAGCACAGCUCCAAACUUUGCAAAAACGAUUUAGGGAAGAAGCAGUCAGCUGGUAUUCUGUCUAUAAUGGAGUGGCCAGCACAGUCACCGGAUCUCAACCCUAUUGAGCUGUUGUAAGAAGUGUCCAUCAAGCCUAUCCAAUUUGUGGGAGGUGCUUCAGGAAGCAUGGGGUGAAAUCUCUUCUGAUUACCUCAACAAAUUGACAAGAAUGCCAAAGGUCUGCAAGACUGUAAUUGCUGAAAAUGGAGGAUUCUUUGACGAAAGCAAAGUUUGAAGGACACAAUUACUAUUUCAAUUAGAAAUCAUUAUUUAUAACUUGUCAUCUUCUUGACUAUUUCCUAUUCAUGUAUGUUUUAAUGGAAAACAAGGACAUUUCUAAGUGACCCCAAACUUUUGAACGGUAUUGUGUGUACUGUAUCUAUGGUUUAGAUGUGUAUAUAUAUUGUCUGUUCUUUUCUCUGAUCUAUCUCUAUACUCUUAAGUGAUUCUAUGCAGGUAAUGGGAAGUCAAAAGCAUUUUGCACACUGACACGCUUCGUCAGGCUGCUUUGUACUUUUCUAAGGACAUGAUUUUUUAUUUUCCCAUGUGUAAAAAGACGAGCACAAAACCUCUGGGUUUCACAUAGCAUACCUUAACAGGAGGAGACAAGACGAGCUUUAGACGCUAACUAAAUGGGUAGGUAUUUGGUGUUUUCCUCACAAGCCUUUUUGUGAUGAGGGCUUAGUGUAAGCCACAGGAGACAUGUGAGGGAAUAGAGGGGCUGUAUUAGUACUGGGACAAUUCACCUCACUGCAGUAGAAGCCAUAUGUUGUUUUCAGCAGAGGGACUAGCUGAGCCAAGAUCAGUCAGGCAAUUUUUAUAUAAAUACGUGAUAGAUGUGUGACUAGAGGGCAUGCAGGUAACAAGUUUUAAUCCUAAUUUGACCUUCUACCUUGUUUUAACUUCAAGGUUUUGUGCAGGGAAACGUGUAAGAUUUCUGCUAAAUGUAAUAGGUUUUUAUAAGCACAUUUAUGUUUCUAGUCCCUUGUGCUUAACACAAGAUAUAUUGGCGCUCCUUUGCAUUUCCUAAUUAUGACUGAGAUGGAAGGUUUUUAUGUAUAUUUUCCAAAACAGAACUGCAGGUCCCCUUCUAUUUCUAUGGCUUCAACAACAGUCAGGAGCACCAACUAACAUGGAGGUAUUUGACUUCUUUAUAGAGUUAGGUUGCACUUGAUGGUUUCCCUUGUAGAUGGCAUUAAUAAAGCUUGAAAUGCAGCAUAGUUCUGGAUGGAUUCCUUUUGAAGUUUAUCCCAGAAUUUUAUAUAGAAUAAUAAAGAUGUGUAUUCAAAUAAAUAUAAUUAUUGAAUUGCC